CGUCUCGGGCUUGGGGCGGCCGGGCCCCCGCAGGCUGUGGCCGGGGGCACGGAGCGGCGAGGCCCCCUGACCGGGCUGCGCGGGCCGCCCGGGGCCCCGGGCUGAGAGGGGGCCGGAGCGGCGCCCCGGCCGCCCGCGCGGGGUCUCCCCCAUGGUGCAGCGGGGUUCGGGAUGUCGAAGACGCUGAAGAAGAAGAAGCACUGGCUCAGCAAGGUGCAGGAGUGCGCGGUGUCCUGGGCUGGGCCCCCGGGCGACUUCGGCGCCGAGAUCCGGGGCGGCGCGGAGCGCGGCGAGUUCCCCUACCUGGGGCGGCUCCGCGAGGAGCCCGGCGGGGGCACCUGCUGCGUCGUCUCGGGCAAGACGCCCAGCCCUGGGGAUGUGCUGCUGGAGGUGAACGGGACGCCUGUCAGCGGGCUCACCAACCGGGACACCCUGGCUGUCAUCCGCCACUUCCGCGAGCCCAUCCGUCUCAAGACCGUGAAGCCAGGCAAAGUCAUUAAUAAAGAUUUGCGGCAUUACCUGAGUCUUCAGUUUCAAAAGGGAUCAAUUGACCACAAACUGCAGCAAGUGAUCAGAGAUAAUCUCUACUUGAGAACUAUUCCAUGCACUACAAGGGCCCCCAGGGAUGGAGAAGUACCAGGAGUGGACUAUAAUUUUAUUUCUGUUGAACAGUUCAAAGCACUGGAAGAGAGUGGAGCAUUGUUAGAAAGUGGAACGUAUGAUGGAAACUUCUAUGGAACUCCCAAGCCUCCAGCAGAACCCAGCCCUUUUCAGCCAGAUCCUGUUGAUCAGGUCCUCUUUGAUAAUGACUUUGACACAGAAUCCCAAAGAAAACGAACUACAUCUGUCAGCAAGAUGGAAAGAAUGGACAGCUCUCUUCCUGAAGAGGAAGAAGAUGAGGACAAGGAAGCUAUUAAUGGCAGUGGAAAUACAGAAAACAGAGAGAGGCAUUCUGAGUCAUCUGACUGGAUGAAGACUAUUCCAAGUUACAACCAAACAAAUAGCUCCAUGGACUUCAGAAAUUAUAUGAUGAGAGAUGAAACCCUGGAGCCACUGCCCAAAAACUGGGAGAUGGCCUACACUGAUACGGGGAUGAUCUACUUCAUUGACCACAAUACCAAGACAACCACCUGGUUGGAUCCUCGUCUUUGUAAGAAAGCCAAAGCUCCUGAAGACUGUGAAGAUGGAGAGCUUCCUUAUGGCUGGGAGAAAAUAGAGGACCCUCAGUAUGGGACAUACUAUGUUGAUCACCUUAACCAGAAAACCCAGUUUGAAAAUCCAGUGGAAGAAGCCAAAAGGAAGAAGCAGUUAGGACAGUCUGAAAUUGGGUCUUCAAAACCAGAUGUGGAAAAGUCACACUUUACACGAGAUCCAUCCCAACUUAAAGGUGUCCUUGUUCGAGCAUCACUGAAAAAAAGCACAAUGGGAUUUGGUUUUACCAUUAUUGGUGGAGAUAGGCCUGAUGAAUUCCUUCAAGUGAAAAAUGUGCUGAAAGAUGGUCCUGCAGCUCAGGAUGGGAAAAUUGCACCAGGUGAUGUUAUUGUAGACAUCAAUGGCAACUGUGUCCUUGGUCACACCCAUGCAGAUGUUGUCCAGAUGUUUCAACUGGUACCUGUUAAUCAGUAUGUAAACCUCACUUUAUGUCGUGGUUAUCCACUUCCUGAUGACAGUGAAGAUCCUGUUGUGGACAUUGUUGCUGCUACCCCUGUCAUCAAUGGACAGUCAUUAACCAAGGGAGAAACUUGCAUAAAUACUCAGGAUUUUAAGCCAGGAGCAAUGGUUCUGGACCAAAAUGGAAAAUCAGGACACACCUUGACCAGCGAUCGUUUCAAUGGACCAUCAGAUCUAAGCGAACAGAGAGCAUCCGUGGCAUCAUCAGGCAGUUCCCAGCCUGAACUAGUGACUAUCCCUUUGAUUAAGGGGCCUAAAGGCUUUGGGUUUGCAAUUGCUGACAGCCCUACUGGACAGAAGGUGAAAAUGAUAUUGGAUAGCCAGUGGUGUCAAGGCCUUCAGAAAGGGGAUAUAAUUAAGGAAAUUUACCAUCAAAAUGUGCAGAAUUUAACACAUCUCCAAGUGGUAGAGGUGCUAAAGCAGUUUCCAGUAGGUGCAGAUGUACCAUUGCUUAUAUUAAGAGGAGGCCCUCCUUCACCAACCAAAACUGCCAAAAUGAAAACAGAUAAAAAGGAAAAUUCAGGAAGUUUGGAGGCCAUAAAUGAGCCCAUUCCCCAGCCUAUGCCUUUUCCACCCAGCAUUAUCAGGUCAGGAUCCCCGAAAUUGGAUCCUUCUGAGGUCUACCUGAAAUCUAAGACUUUAUAUGAAGAUAAACCACCAAACACCAAAGAUUUGGAUGUUUUUCUUCGGAAACAAGAGUCAGGGUUUGGCUUCAGGGUGCUAGGAGGAGAUGGACCUGACCAGUCUAUAUAUAUUGGAGCCAUUAUUCCUCUUGGAGCAGCUGAGAAAGAUGGUCGGCUCCGAGCAGCUGAUGAACUAAUGUGCAUUGAUGGAAUUCCUGUUAAAGGAAAAUCACACAAACAAGUCUUGGACCUAAUGACGACUGCUGCUCGAAAUGGCCAUGUGUUACUAACCGUCAGAAGAAAGAUCUUCUAUGGAGAAAAACAACCUGAAGAUGACGGCUCUCAAGCCUUCAUAUCAACACAGAAUGGAUCUCCCCGCCUGAACCGAGCAGACAUCCCAGUUAGGCCUGCUCCCCAGGAGGCCUAUGAUGUUGUCUUGCAACGAAAAGAAAAUGAAGGAUUUGGCUUUGUCAUUCUCACAUCCAAAAACAAACCACCUCCAGGAGUUAUUCCUCAUAAAAUUGGCCGAGUCAUAGAAGGAAGUCCAGCUGAUCACUGUGGAAAACUGAAAGUUGGAGAUCACAUCUCUGCAGUUAAUGGACAGUCCAUUAUUGAACUGUCUCAUGAUAACAUUGUUCAGCUGAUCAAAGAUGCUGGUGUCACCGUCACUCUGACGGUCAUUGCUGAAGAAGAGCAUCAUGGUCCACCAUCCGGAACAAACUCAGCCAGGCAAAGCCCAGCCUUGCAGCACAGGCCCAUGGGACAGUCACAAGCCAACCACAUACCUGGGGACAGAAGUGUCCUAGAAGGUGAAAUUGGAAAAGAUGUUUCCACUUCUUACAGACAUUCAUGGUCUGACCACAAGCACCUUGCACAACCUGACACUGCAGUGAUUUCAGUUGUAGGCAGUCGGCACACUCAGAGCCUUGGAUGUUAUCCAGUAGAGCUGGAGAGAGGCCCCCGAGGCUUUGGAUUCAGUCUCCGAGGGGGAAAGGAGUACAACAUGGGCCUCUUUAUCCUUCGUCUUGCUGAGGAUGGUCCUGCCAUCAAAGAUGGCAGAAUUCAUGUUGGUGACCAGAUUGUUGAAAUCAAUGGGGAACCAACCCAAGGAAUCACACAUACUCGAGCAAUUGAGCUCAUUCAGGCUGGUGGAAAUAAAGUUCUUCUUCUUUUGAGGCCAGGAACUGGCUUGAUACCUGACCACGGUGAUUGGGAUAUUAACAAUCUUUCAUCUUCAAGUGUGAUUUAUGAUGAACAGUCACCAUUUCCCCCAUCUUCACAUUCUGCUUCCAUAUUUGAAGAGUCUCACGUGCCAGCAAUUGAAGAAUCUUUAAUGAAAGUUCAGAUAUGUGGAAAGACAGAAGAAUUAAAGGACACUGUGCCUGAAAAGAAAAGCACUUUAAAUGAAAAUCAGUCUGAAAUGAAGCAUCAGUCUCUUCUCCAGAAAAAUGUGAAUAAGCGGGAUCCACCCAACAGUCAUGGGCACAGUGACAAGAAAAAUCUACUAAAAGUAGAAAACGGUGUUAGACAAAGAGGUAGAUCUGCUAGUCCCAAAAAGUCAUCCAGUCGGUAUACAGAAGAACAUUUGCAAACGAUUUCUAGUCCUCUAACAAAUGACCCCAAAAGAAGACCCAGAGAGCGAUCGCUGAGCCCCAGGAAAGGGGAGAAUAAAAGUUGUCAGAUCAGCACCAAGGCAGGUUCUGGACAAGAUCAUGGCAGAAAAAGCAGAGGACGUUCUUCCAGCCCAAAGAAGCAGCAAAAAAUUGAAGGAAGCAAAGAUCCAUCAAAUGCUGAAGCCAAAUUAUUAGGUGAGAGUCAAAGAAUAGGCCAUACUAACAAUAAGGCUGAUGACAAAGAAAAAUCAGGUGUCAUCAGGAAAGAUGCAAAGCAGAGUCAAUUGGGAAAAAACAGAACAAAGUCUCCAGAGAAAAACAAAAGAAUGGACGAAAAGUCCCUUCCAUCCAAAAAGACUAAUAACACUACUAGUAGAGUCAUGUCUGACAAUGAAAAAGGAAAGAAAGCAAUCACAGGAGAAACAAGUUUUAGUAAAGAUAAAGUAGGAGAAAAUGUCCAAGUAUCAGAAAAGAAGCUGAAGCAGGAACCUGAAGAGAGAAUGGUUUUAAACAAAAUAGAAGGUCACAAAGGGAAAGAACUAGAGGCAGCUGACAAAAACAGAGAGACUGGAGGGUUCAAACCUGAAUGUAGUUCACCAGUUAAGAAAACACAAAUAACUCCAGGGCCCUGGAAGGUGCCGAGUGCAAAUAAAGUCACAGGUACUACUGGUAUGGCUGAGAAGCGGCUGUGACCUUUAGUAUAAAACAAAGAAAAACAAGUUGCAAUCUUUUCUUACUAAAAAGCAUUUUUCCAGAAAAAAAUUUUUUUUCAGAAAUUCUGAAACACUUAAGUACAUUUUAAUUUGAGCACCAAGUUACCUAGGCUGCAUGAGGGGCCUUUAGGAUUGCUAAGAACCAACUGUCCCCAUGGCUGGCUGCCCUCCCUCGCACUCAGGAAGGAGCUGCGUCCACGCGCUCAUCUCACACCCCCUGCUCAGGCUGCCCGGCUCGUCUUCAUGGAGUGUCUGAACAAAUGACAUAUGUUGAUAUUCACGGUGUGGUCACAGCUCACUUUGUAUUUGUGCCAAGUUACCUACUGUAUCAUGUCUGUUUUAGCCUUCUCAUUCAGCUAUUUCCACAGUAAUGAAAAAGUUAGGUUUGGCUUGGAAGUUGUUCUCAAUAGCAUGUUGCAUGUUUACAGAGAGAAAUAUUGAGUCCUUGCAGAAGAGAUUAACUCAUCAUUAAAGAUGGUGAUCAUCUCUUUUAGCAGCUGAUGAUGUCCCAGUUCAAAAAUAAAACUCCAAAAUAUCACUACUUUUAAGGGGAAAAAUAUAUAGUCAAAUAUUAAUGCUUUCUUAUGGCUUUUUAUUUUUAAUUUGGCUAGAUAAGGUGUUUCAAAUAACUGUUAAAAUUAUUACUUACAAUUGAAUGUUCGAAAUGAGAAAGUACUUACAUUUUAAGUAAUAGAGUUUACCUCCUGCUGUGAUUCCAACCUUGAUGUAGUUAUAGCAUCUCAGGUCACCCUUUCUAUUUCAGUUAUUUCAUUAUGAAACCACAAAGAAGCAUGUGGAAAUAGUGUGUAUUGCUCUUCAGAGAAAAACUAUCAACUAUCUAUUUUUGGAUAUUUUGGUUGUACCUACUACGAAAGACAUUGGCUUUUAAUACAUAAUACAGAUUUGAAGAGUCAAAAUGAUAUAGAUUAUGUGAGGGACUCUAUCAUGAAACCAGUUUCACAUUCCAUGGACAGAUAAAGUACCAACUCUUCUGGUAGCAAAUGUUUAAGUUUCGGAUGUUUAGAAGCAGAACCUGUGUAAGGCCUGCCAGCAAGUAAGGACAAAUGUGGUAGACAGUCCUUGCUGGAGCUUAGUUAAUAUUAACUUUUAGCUACAUUAACUUUCUUACUUAAAAACAAGAAAGUGAGACUAAAUAUCUGCUUAGCUUAUACAAAUUUUCAGAAUUAUUUUUAAAAGUCUAAAUAAAAAGGUGUUUGUUGGAAAUUGGAGAUAGUUAACUCCAUAAAGUACAUCCAGGUUUUUCAGUCCCCUGAAGUAGCAUCUAUAAAUAAAGGCACAUUCUCAGAAUAAACCUAUUUUAUGGACACUUGCUCUGUCACCCUGGGUUCAUCUUGUGAAACACAUUAUGUCCAGGUCCUUCCCGCUGAAAGUCUGACUGUGAAGCUCUUUGAUGUAACAACUGUAUCAGCCCCUAUAGAUAAGACAUGCUUCCCAGUGUGAGAUUUUCGAAAUCCUCUUUUCAUCCAGAAUUAUAUUUACCCACCUAUUGUAACUACUCGAAUAGAGCAAAUCUAGGAGGCUUGAUAAAUGUUAAGAAUUUAGUAUCACAGAAAUGGUUUAUUUUCCCUAUAGUCCACAAUUAGUGAUAUAAAUCCUUUUAUUGUUAAGUGUGACAUAACUGAUGUCAUAUGUUGUCAGUCUGAUGUGGCUCUUCCUAAGUAACCUGUCACUGUACUGAAUAUAUACUGACUUAGCAAUGUGGCCUUGGAAUGCUGAGCAAAAUAUGGAUGUACUGGCUGUAAAUGUUUAUAUAUUGUACAGUACCUUUAUAUAUACACUUGAGGUUCUGAUUAGAGAAAGAUCUGUAAAUCGCUCGUUAUUUUUUAUAUAGACAUUAAAAAAAA